UUGAAAUCCUAAGAACUUAUAAAUAGAACGCAAAGCUGCUCUCCUCUGCAUCAAAGCAACUAAGUAGAAGCGAAGAGACUGCCUGCAUCCUUUCUUGUAAUUUCCUCAAGCUUCUCUUUCUUCUAUAUCCAAACUCUGCUCAUGGACUCAUCCAACCCAGCAGCGAGAGGGGAAGGCCGCGACCUCUGCAGCAGUGGCUGUGGAUUCUACGGCAGCGACGCCACGCUCGGCCUCUGCUCCAAAUGCUUCCGCGAUCAUAUUUUCUCCUCUCAUAUCAAUAAAACCGCGCAACAACUUGCGUCGAUCGUAGGGAGCGGAAAGAAGAACGGACAUAUUGGAUCUAAGGACUCUGCUUCUGCAACCGAGUCUAAGAAGAAGACGAAGCAGAGCUGCUCAAAGUGCGAUAGAAAGGUGGGGUUGGCCAUGCGAGCGAUCAAAUGCCGCUGCAAUGGUGUUUUCUGCGCCGCCCACCGCCUCCCAGAAGAUCACGGCUGUACUUUUGACUAUCGGACCGCUGGCCGUCUGCUUCUCGAGGAAGCCAAUCCGCUCAUCAAAGCUGAAAAGCUGAACACGAUGUAGUGAAGAAGAAAUCUGAAUGUUUUAGUGAUUCAUCAAUAAUGUCGUAUCCGAACAAUCUAAGUUCGUUUUUUCCUUUGUAUGCCGUAAAGUAGUUGAAGACAGAAAUACUGUAACUAACAGCUUUG